AAAGAAGGAAUCAAUAGAAGCGAUGAAGCUCCUGCUGAUCGCCGUCGUUAUUUCUAUUCACACAACAGGAUUCUUGACAACAGCGAAAACGAGGUGUGAACCCCUGUACAAUGGUGGUCGUGGAGGUCCCGAAGGAGCAAACGUCCAACCCAAAUGGAGUUUUGAUUCAAGAACCAAUCACUGCCAAGUUGUUAUGGUGAAAUCUGGCUGUAAUCCUCGUAACAACUGCUUCCCGUCUGAGGACGAUUGUCAACAACAUUGCGAUCCAUGGGUGUUGGAGUUUGAAAAACAACAAACUCAAGGUUGAUCAGAUGACGUGGUCUAUGUCGUAUGCGCAAUCGACCUGAAAUAUUGAUAAAAUGCUUACAAUAUAUUGAAGAGUUGAGAAGACUAUUGUAAACAAUAAAUGUCGAAGUUCA